GGGCUGUGCUGCUAAACUUGGGGACCAGCUGACUCGCACCUCCCCGCUGGCUAGCCCUAUAGAGGUAGGAGAGGAAGAGUGCUCUUGUCCCUGAGACCCAGGGCUGUCUGCACACCAGGCCUCGAGAUGAGGGAGCUGAGCCUCCGAGAGGUGCAGUCACUUGCCCGAGGUCCUCCAGCACGUGCGUCCGGGAGGCCAGAGGAAGAGAACCCAGGAAUGUCUGAUGCCAGUGUCAGGCCCUUCGCCCCCCCCCCCACCCCGUGCCGAGUGGUCGCUUAGCGGUCAGCAGCUACGAGUGAUCGGACUAAGGACUCAGGUUGUGAGGUCAGGACAGCUUAAGGGAGGGAAUAAAACCCCUGCUUCUCUUCAACCCGUUGUCCUGGAAGAGCUACCCUUCCUGCAGAGCAAAGGAGGAAGCCAGUCAUUGGGAAGUCCAGCCUGGAUCCCUGAGAGCCGCAGGAAGGAGAUGCGGCUGCUGUUGGCACUCUUGGGGGUCCUGCUGGGUGUACCUGGGGCUCCAACUUUGUCGCUUGAGGCCUCUGAGGAAGUGGAACUGGAGCCCUGCCUGGCUCCCAGCCUGGAGCAGCAAGAGCAGGAGCUGACCAUGGCCCUUGGGCAGCCUGUGCGGCUGUGCUGUGGGAGGGCUGAGCGUGGUGGACACUGGUACAAGGAGGGCAGUCGCUUGGCACCUGCCGGCCGGGUACGGGGCUGGAGGGGCCGCCUGGAGAUUGCCAGCUUCCUACCUGAGGAUGCUGGCCACUAUCUCUGCCUGGCACGAGGCUCCAUGUUUGUCUUGCACAAUCUUACCUUGGUUACAAAUGACUCCUUGACCUCCAGCAGUGAUGAUGAGGACUCCAAAGCCCAUAAUGGGUAUAUUUACCCCCAGCAAGCACCCUAUUGGACACACCCCCAGCGCAUGGAGAAGAAACUACAUGCAGUGCCUGCUGGGAACACUGUCAAGUUCCGCUGUCCAGCUGCAGGUAAUCCCAUGCCCACCAUCCACUGGCUCAAAGAUGGACAGGACUUUCAUGGAGAAAAUCGCAUUGGAGGCAUUCGGCUACGCCACCGGCACUGGAGUCUGGUGAUGGAAAGCGUUGUGCCAUCAGACCGUGGCACAUAUACCUGCCUUGUGGAGAACUCUUUGGGCAGCAUCCGCUACAGCUAUCUACUGGAUGUGCUGGAGCGGUCCCCGCACCGGCCCAUCCUGCAAGCAGGGCUCCCAGCCAACACCACAGCUGUGGUGGGCAGUGACGUGGAGCUGCUGUGCAAGGUGUACAGUGAUGCCCAGCCCCACAUCCAGUGGCUCAAGCACAUCGUCAUCAACGGCAGCAGCUUUGGCGCUGAUGGCUUCCCCUACGUGCAAGUCCUGAAGACUGCAGACAUCAAUAGCUCAGAGGUAGAAGUCCUGUACCUACGGAACGUGUCAGCCGAGGAUGCAGGCGAGUACACCUGCUUGGCAGGCAAUUCCAUCGGCCUCUCCUACCAGUCAGCUUGGCUCACAGUGCUGCCAGAGGAGGACCUUACAUGGACAGCAGUGGCGCCUGAGGCCAGGUACACGGAUAUCAUCCUGUAUGCAUCAGGCUCCCUGGCUUUGGCUGUGCUCCUACUGCUGGCUGGGCUGUAUCGAGGGCAGGCACUCCACAGCCGGCAUCCCCGUCAACCUGCCACAGUGCAGAAGUUGUCCCGCUUCCCUCUGGCCCGGCAGGUACUAUGCCCAUCCCCCACCCCUUGUCCUCGCCUGACUCCAGCAGGCAGAACCAAGUCUCCCACUUUGCAGUUCUCCCUGGAAUCAGGCUCCUCGGGUAAGUCAAGCUCCUCCCUGGUGCGAGGCGUCCGUCUCUCCUCCAGCGGUCCUCCCUUGCUGGCUGGCCUUGUGAGUCUAGACCUACCUCUCGACCCACUGUGGGAGUUCCCCCGGGACAGGUUGGUUCUUGGGAAGCCCCUAGGCGAGGGCUGCUUCGGGCAGGUUGUGUGUGCAGAGGCCUUCGGCAUGGACCCUGCCCGACCUGACCAAGCCAGCACUGUGGCUGUCAAGAUGCUCAAGGAUAAUUCCUCCGACAAGGACUUGGCGGACCUCAUCUCUGAGAUGGAGGUGAUGAAGCUGAUUGGCCGACACAAGAAUAUCAUCAACCUGCUGGGUGUCUGCACCCAAGAAGGGCCCCUGUACGUGAUUGUGGAGUGUGCUGCCAAGGGAAACCUGCGGGAGUUCCUGAGGGCCCGGCGUCCCCCAGGCCCUGACCUCAGCCCUGAUGGACCUCGGAGCAGCGAGGGGCCACUCUCCUUCCCAGCCCUUGUCUCUUGUGCCUACCAGGUGGCCCGAGGCAUGCAGUAUUUGGAGUCACGGAAGUGCAUCCACCGGGACCUGGCUGCCCGCAAUGUGCUGGUGACAGAGGACAAUGUGAUGAAGAUUGCUGACUUUGGGCUGGCCCGAGGCAUCCACCACAUUGACUACUAUAAGAAAACCAGCAAUGGACGCCUGCCUGUCAAGUGGAUGGCGCCUGAGGCCUUAUUUGACCGAGUGUACACACACCAGAGUGACGUGUGGUCUUUUGGGAUCCUGUUGUGGGAGAUCUUCACCCUUGGGGGCUCCCCGUAUCCUGGCAUCCCUGUGGAAGAGCUGUUCUCACUGCUACGGGAAGGACAUCGGAUGGACCGGCCCCCACACUGCCCACCAGAGCUGUAUGGGCUGAUGCGUGAGUGCUGGCAUGCUGCACCCUCUCAGAGACCCACUUUCAAGCAGCUGGUGGAGGCACUGGACAAGGUCCUGCUAGCUGUCUCUGAGGAGUACUUGGAUCUUCGCCUGACCUUUGGACCCUGCUCCCCCUCUGGUGGAGAUGCCAGCAGUACCUGCUCCUCCAGCGAUUCUGUCUUCAGCCAUGACCCCCUGCCACUGGGGCCCAGCUCGUUCCCCUUCUCUGGGGUUCAGACAUGAGCAAGGGCAUGAGGUUGUGUGGGCAGGUAGACUGGAGGCCUUGAGCCUUCUGGCGCAGCCAACACAUGGAGCAAUGACUGACUUUGACAAUCCAGGGCCCCUAAUCUCAGGAUGCUGUCCUAGAUUUCUAAUUCUGCUUUGAGGAGGUCCAUCCUUGGUCCUGGGGUUCUUAGUUAAGCCUUCUUGCUCUGGUCUUGAAUUCCCAAACCAGAGUUCAACCCUGGUCUCAAUGGUGCCAUUGUCCUAAUGGCCUGAAUGUUAGGGUUCUGCUUGGCCUCCUAGGCCCUGGUGCUCAUCCCCAUCUUGGGGGUUUGGCUGGGCUUGGCUGCAGAGCUGCUUUCUUGAAUCUCCCUGUUUCCCAACACCAACCUAGAGGUUUUGGAUCUCUGAACCCCAUUUCCUCAAGCCUCCCCCCCCACACUGCUGCUUAUCACACCCAGCAUCUUGGUGGAAGGAGCCAAUGUGCCCCAGCGAGGCUGGAAGCCUUCCAAAACACAGGAGCAAAUAGCCUUUUAUAAAUUAUUUUUUUGAA